CCGCCUGUCGGUCUCUUCGCUUGUGGCAUCGGUAGACACAUACACACACGCACACACACGCGCAUUCACAUACACACACAUACACGUGCAAUCAUGCAGGCAAGCAGGCAGGCAGGCAGGCAGCACCAGUGUCUGUCUGUCAUCGCUGUGCAGACCUUCUUCCAUGCACACACACGCCCAUCCAUCCAGACUAGCUGGCAGACCGCCAUGAGUCCCUGGGAGAGAGGGAGGGGGGGAGGGAGGGGCAUGCACGACACGCGCUUUGGUGCUCUGCUCUUCCUGUCUGUCUGUCUCUGGUUUAUUCUACGCAUAACACCACAUAGCUUACAGUACAUAAAGGGCUGGUGUAAUUGCUAUCGACACGCACAGAGAGAGAGAGAGAGAGGAUGAGAACAUUCUCAAAAAGCAGGCAGGGCGUCAUCGAUUCCAGCCAAUCCCACCCCACCCCAGCAGCCGUCCGUCCCUUCCUGUCUGUCCUUUCGAUCUGUACAUGCCAGCUGGCUGGCCACUAUAUGCGUGUGUGACGUGUUGUUUGUGCUGCCUGCAGCGCCGCGCACACCGGUAGGUUGGUAUUGCCGCUGAGUGAGUGAGAUUACAAAUACCAACAUAUGGCACGCACAAGUACAUUUGUACACUACACGCAGUCGAUGAGACGCUAUCGACAUUACCCCACCUCUAGGCCCCUCUCCCUGCUGUUCAAAACCUCCCGGAACCCGCGCGCGACCGAACAAAUGAAUGGAACGUUAGCGAGCAUCAUGCAAGCAAGCCACACACACGCGCACACACAAUCACUCACUCACUCAUUCACUGUGUCAACAGCUACCAGGCACCCAUUAAGACGAGACAGCCACCCCCCAUGUGCAUGUGCAUCUGUGGAUGUUCGUGUGGACAUAUCCAGGGGAAGAAGAAGACACGUGUGUCAACAGGAGAGAGACACACAAACACUUGGGUGGGCAAGGGGGGUGGACAGAAAGGUGCGGCGAGAGGGGUGGGUGCAAUCAAUCCAUCCAUCCAUCCGUCCAUGGACACAUCAGCCAGCCUUUCAGGCAGGCCCUCAGGCAGACACUCAGGCAGACUACACUCAUCUCACUCACGCACCCACUUCCAAGCUAAUCGACCGGCCAAUAAGCGUGUGUGCUGUGUGAUGUGGAAUGUGGUGUUGGUGGCGGGGCGUUCGUGCGAUUGCAGCCGCUUCUUUCUUCACACAUUCAGAAAAUUAAACUUCAGCAGAUCGACCACAUCACUCAGUGGCACACAGCACACGGGCAUCCACAGAUGUCGGGGAGAGGCGGCAGGAGGCAAUAAAGCAUCAGACAGACAUAGCAGCAGCCAGCAGUCACAAGCAGCAGCAGCAGCAGCAGCAUCCAUCAAUACACCAUCCAAGCAAAACACGCACACAGAGACAGAGAAGAGAGUGUCCCUCCCCAUCCGCCAUCCAUAUCGACACAUGCCCCCACCCCCACCCCCUAUUGACGUGUGGUCUCGCCAUUGGUCGCCGCCUGCGCAUAUCCCUCCACCAUUUCGGCGGCAAUGUCAGCGGCAGAUGCGCCCUUGCCGGUCUUGCCGGGCUUCCCAGGCAGCUUCGUCUUCUUGGGGCCUUUCUUCUUCUUGGAUGGGCCGCCCUUGCCCGGACCUGAUGCACACACAACACACGCGCAGAAAGAGACGGAGAGAAGAAUGGUGCAAAUGGGUGGGUGCAUGGCUGUGUGUGGGUGCUUGUGUACGUGUCUUAUCGUCCUCAUCGGUGGGUAUCUCCACUGCACACACACAGACACACACACAGACACACACAUGGAUGGAUGAGGGAGGACACACACCGUUGUCUUGUCCCUCCUCCCUGCCGAAGGUACCGAUCUCGUCGGGCAGUUUCUUCUCGACAGCCUUCUUGGGUUUGUGUGUGUCGCCUCGCUCGGAGAGGACGAGAGCCAGGUGUCCCGGCUCGGUGAUGAACACAUUGGACGCGUUGAACUGGGCGUGGUUUAGCGAGUAGGUGUGCUUGGCCACCUCCCACCGCUUCCGAUUCACACCCGGGCCGUCAAAGUCCUCUUGCCAAUGGAACACAAACGAGCCUGCACCAGACGCCACCACACACACACAGAUGUCCGUCCCUCGUUUCUCUCCUCCCUUCGUCAAGGCGUACUCGUCUCGUUGUCGUAGGUGUAGGUGCGUAUCCAGUCAUAGUAAGGCCCCGCUGGCAAUGCGGCCUUGCUCGUGUCGUCGAAGAUGCCUGCCCAGUAUUCUGCCCACGGCGAGACGGCCGGGUGCGGCUCAAGCGGCCAGUGGGACGCCCGCAGGUUCAUCGGCUCAUUGAGGGCGUUGACCUGCGGAUUGCACUUGGAGUUGGGCGGCUUCCCCCAGGCAGGACACGCCGUCUCACGUCGGAUCUGGAAGCCGUCGAUGAACCUGACUCAACAAACCACACACACACACACACGACGGUGAGGAAAAGGCCGCUUGUGCAUUGGUCCAUCUAUCCAUCAAUCUACUCACUCACCAGGCAAUGUAGGCAGGCGUCCACUCGAUGGUGAAGAUGUGGAAGCGCCCCCUCACAUAAGUGCCCUGCACGGCCUUGGGGAUCUCUGGUGCAGGGAAGAACUCCUCAGCCAGCAUGCGCUCCUCAGGUGUGCCCGUGAUGAGGUUUGUCUGGAUCGGCGCGAAGGGGUGCGCCCCGCCCCCGUGGACCUCGAAGUCGAUCUCCGCCCAGUUCUCGCCAGCGAUCUUGUCGCUCUCAUUCUUGUAGAGGAAGAACGUGGCCAGCGUGCCGUUGUGGUAGAUGUUGGGGUACAUCCGCGUCUCGAACCGGCCGUAAAGGAAGAGCUCGUGCGAGGCCACCUCGCCGGACGCAUAGUCCCUUCCGCACUCGCCAGUGCAGGUGCCCUCACCCCCAGGCAAUGUGCAGUGGCAGGUCGGCAGCAGUGGGGGAGGGGCAGGCGGGCCGUUCGCGGCCUGGGUGUCCUGCGCGGGCUCUUUUUCUUCUUCUUCUGCUGCUGCUGGCGGCUGCUCUGCCUCUGCCUCAUUGGCCAGUACAACAUCGUCAUCCUGGACGACCUCAUUGAUGUCUUCAAUGUCGCCGGGGAUAGGGUUGAUCUGCUCGGUGUUGACUUCGGUGCUGUCUUGUUUUUGCUGCUGCUGCUGCUUCUGCUCGUCAUCAGCCACACUCCCAUGGGCCUCCUGUUUGCUGGCUGCACCGCCCGAGGGCUUGAAGUCGAUUUCUGCCUUUGGGUUCUUCAGAAGCGCCUCAAACAGCUCCUUCUUGCUCGUCACCGUGGCCACUGGAGCACGCAACUGACGCUCACGCCCACCUGCUGCGGACCUGAACACACACACACACACACGGAGAGAGGCUCAAAACCACCGCGACCCACUGGUGCGAUUGGUGACCUGCUGAGGUGGUCUGCAGCCUGUGCGAGCCCCCCCAGGGCGAGGAGUGCGAUCACAGCGACGGUCUUCAUCGCUGCCACCUCCCGCCGAAACGAAAAAUGCCCUGUCCUUCUCCCUUUGUCUGCGCCUCGACCUGCCUCGUUGCCAGCUGCCGCUCUCGUCGUCGGGCUGACUGACUUUUGCAGCCGCGCCCUGCCUGCCUCGACAGCUGACAAACUUUGCUGGUGGGAUCUCUUCCGGCG